AUGCUCUCGAUUCUUAAAGAACAUUCAAAAAAAAUUUCAACUUUAAAAUUCAGAAAUGAUAAUUUAGUUUUAGGUUCAGGUAGCUUGGAUAAUAUUAUUUGUCUCUGGAAUUUACUAAAUUUAUAAUUAAUAGUUAAAUUGACAACUCGCUUAGAUCAAGUUUUAGAUCUUGCAUUUUCAUCUGAUGGAUAGCAAAUGGCAACUUCCAUUUUAGAUAAAACAAUUAUUUUUUGGAGUAGGACUAACUUGGAUAAACCAAAAAUUUAAAUGAUAUUAUAACAGCAACUUGGAGCUCAAAAGAUUAUUUAUUGUCCAAAUAAAUAGAUCUUGGUAUCAUUAUAUGGCUAAACUUCUAAUGAGAUAAAAUUUUGGAAUUCUGCUGAAUUUAAUUUGAUUUCAAGUUAUGCGAUUGAAGCAUAAUUUAGAGAUAAUGAUAUCCUUUAGCUAGGAUAGAAUUCUUAGAAUAUGGAAAAUAAAUCAAUAAUGCUUGGAUAUUGA